AUGGACUCAAGUCGGUCUCCAGUCGCCCUCGCCGACGUCCCUAUAAAGAGACCACCAGAAGACGACGAGCCAUUCGAUCCAAGCAGGGCUCCUCCUAAGCGACAGGCAAUGGAGAGCCCGGUCGACAAUGGACAGAGCGCUCCGUUCAUUGCCCCCUCCUCUGCGGCCACAGACCACCAAUUAGUUGGCAAGACGCCAGGCGAGCUGAUCACAAUCAUCCUGACGAUGCGCUCCUCCCACGAACAACAGCUUGCCGAGCUCCAGAAUCGAUACUCGGCCGUCAGCCGUCAAUUGGAACAGCUUACCCAGACCCUGAACGGCCAUUUUGCCUCGCAGAUAUCAGCCCUUCAGUCUGUCCAGCAGAGGGUUGCCUCCAUCUCGACGUUCGAACAAACCAGACCUUUCGCUUCCACCGUUUCCGCAGUCCCCAAUGCCACGAACGGGAACCCUGCGCUAGUACCACCGAGUCCAUCCUUCCCGGCUUCACGACAAACGCCCGUGCGCUCAAUCGUGCCCGCCUCGCCAUCUACACCCAUCACAAACAACUUGAAAGCCACGCCGACCCCCCGAGGCACGCGCUUUGAAACCCCGUCUGUCACCGCCUCCGCUCCUUCCCAGACCCCCACCAGCGCCUCUGUCGAGCCACAAGACAAGAAAGACCUCAAGAUCACGCAGUCCGACAUCCCGAACCAGCCGCCCACCGUCGAGGUAAGCCACCUCGACACAGCCUGGGAGGCGUGGGAGGAGUUCCGUUACGGCCGAAACGGGAACCCGUCGCUCGAGACCCUCGACGCGAUCUGGGGCCCCAGGUGGCGCCAGGACUUCAAGCUCAGGGAGUUCUACAAGCGGCGCAAGGCCAUCGCCGACAAGAUCAAGCAGUACAUGGCGGACGGGAUCGACGAGCAGAGCGCCGUCAGGGCGCUCGACACGCAGCGCGGCAAGAGGAAGGUCAACUGGCUGUCCCUGCGCAUCUUGGACGAGCGCAAGGCGCAGAAGGAGCAGUACAAGGAGGCGCAGAAGGCCGCGCUCGUGAACAAGGCGGCUCUGCAGAACUUUGGGACUGUGCCGGCCGCUGCGGCCGGUCCGAAUGGGUCACCCUCCCAGACUCAGCAAACGCUCUAG